ACCAUUCUGCAUCAUGGUCCUUACUAAGAUAGUACCUCCUCCCCCUUCUUCCCCACGAGCAGUGCACUGGCGCCUGCGAGUGUUCGCGCACAACCCAACCCCGGCCACCUCCCUCCGCCGCCACCGCAGCGUCUCCCCUUCCAACGACGGCACGGCCGCCAUCCGCGUCUCCCCUGACCCCGCGCCUGCCGGCCUAUCCUCUACCCGCGCCGACGGUGGGUGGGGCGAGUCAGAGUGGGACUCAAGCAGCAGCAGCAGCGGCAGCAGCGACGGUGAGACGGGGAGCCUCCCAACCGCACAGGGCAAUGCAGCAUCAACAGCAACAGGCGACCCCGCAGCGUCAAACCAGGCAGCCAUGGCCUGGACAUCAGCGUCAUCAUCGUCCGCAGCACGAGCGGCGCAGGAGACGGUACUCUCAUACCCCACCAUAGACGGGCGAGCAAUAGGCUUGAUGGACGAUCUACGGGCGAGUCUGAAGCAGGACGUCGCGGCGCUCCCGCCGCUCACCACGGCCUCGACGUACUUCUUCGGCAAGGCCGCGGCGCGUGCGGCGCGCCUCGCGCUGAUCGCGGAGCAGGUGCACGACGACGGCAGCCUCGCCGCGGUCCUGCCGCCGCUGCGCGCCGCGCUGACCGCCUGGCUGGACGGAACCUUCCCCGGAAACCGCCUUCUGUACGACCCCACGUGGGGCGGUGUGGUGAGCGAAGCCGGGUCGCGCGACAAGGGCGCGGAUUUCGGCCUGGGGAUGUACAACGACCAUCAUUUCCAUUAUGGUUACUUCGUCUACGCAGCCGCGACCGUCGCGAAAUUCGACCCGAUGUGGGGUAACCGUUACCGCGCGCAGCUCGCGGCGCUCGUCGCGGACUACAUGUCGGUGAACCGAACCGCGUUGUUCCCAAGGCUGAGGCAUUUCGACGCGUACGCGCUGCACUCGUGGGCGAGCGGGCUGUUCGACUUCGCGGACGGGCGCAACCAGGAGAGCUUCAGCGAAGCCGCGAACGCGUACUAUGCCGCGUUCACCUUCGGCGACCUCCCAUUGGCCACCCUCGGCGCCACGCUGGCGGCCGUCGAGUCCGUCGCGGCGCAGGUGCUGAUGCAGGUGCCGGUAGCGGGAAGUUCCUCUUCCCCCACGCCAUCGCUGUCGCCCGCGUACGAGCCGGUAUUCGCGGACGCGAAUCGCAUGCUCGGCAUGGUGUGGUCGACGAAGCGCGAUGCGGGGCUGUGGUUCGCGGCGCCUGCGGAGCUGGACAAGCGCGUGGGAAUCCAGGUGCUGCCCGUGACGCCCUUCCUUGCGCACCUCUUCCCGGACCGCGCGUACGCGCGCCAGCUGGUGGAAUGGGCGCAGCCCGUGCUGAGCGGGAGCGGCGUGACUGACGAGUGGCGGGGCUUCGCGUGGGCGCUGCAGGCUCUGUAUGAUCCCGCGGGGGCGAGGGGUAGAAUCUCCGCGCUGGGCGCUUUUGAUGAUGGGAAUUCCAAGACGAACAUGCUCUGUUGGCUCGCUUCCCACUCGCCGUAG